UUCUUUGUUUUUGUGAUUUUUUUUUAUAGGGGACUCAAAAACUUUUUACUGCCUUUUCUUGCUGGAUUACUCGAGCGAGAUUCAGAGAAGACAUGGAAUUUUGACACCUAUUUCCAAAAAAUCCAAGAAAUCAUUUCCAAAACAGUUAUUCAUGUGUUCAGUCCAGAACAUUUCAGCAACUUCAGAAUCUAUAUAGAUAGAAACCAAAAUUACACCAAUCUACAAGAAUUAAUUGCAACACAGACAGAUGUUAAUGCAGCCAGUCAGCUGCUGCUCUUUGAAGGCCAUCUUCUUACAGACAUUAUUAAUCCUCUGCAGCAUAUUGCUAACUAUCCCAACAUUACCAUAAAUACACCAAUUUUCUUGUUGGUGGCACCGAGCAGAAAACAACUGAUGCUGGACCAGUUCAUACCUGAGUUUCCUAUAACAAAGAUAGAAGAGAUCCAUUCUGCUGAAAGAGCCCAACUGCGAACCUGUUUAAAUGUAGUUUUCUUCAUAAAACGUUUGGUUGUAAAUAUUAACCUGAAACAAAAACUGCUUCAAGAUGCUUUGAGACAUUCGAUGACUUAUCUGAAACAAAGCUUCUUGAAUCAAAGUGAAUCUGUUGCAAACACUUCGUGGAUUAAAAACACCUUAACGUCUCUACGGAAUCUUUCUCCACAACUCAAUGAACUCACAACAAAAAUGAUUAAAAUUGAAGAUGUUUUACAGAAGCGGAGAUCGGCUUUUGAUUUAGAAUUCCUGAAUCAUUACUGGCUGAAAACAGGUUGCAUGGAGUCUGAUCACUGCGUCCCGACCAUCACAAACUUAGCAAAUCAUACCCAAGAGAUCAGCACUCGCCUUUUGGAUAGCACAAACAGAGACAACUUGGACAAGUUUCAGGAACUUGACAAGAGUCGAUUCUUGGAAAAUUGCAAGAAAGCUGGUGAGUUAAUUACAAAGCAUUGCCAACCAAAUGCCAUCCGACUUUAUUCAGAAUUCCAAGAAGCAUCAGAAAAAGUGUGGACUCAAAGAAAGAUAUUCCAAGCCAGUAACGGUGAGCUAAAGGUUUUCAGCAACCUCUUGGAGAAAUACCAGUCAUCAAAAUUCACUAAAGAUUUAAAUAAAGAAAUGUUUCACGAUAACAAUGAGGACUUGAUAUUCCAUAUGAUGAAAAGGGUUCAGAAUUUGUCAAUUUCCAUUCAAGAAUGUACUGAAGAUGUAAAAACAUUAGGUAAGGAAAUUAACGAGUUGUGAUAACGAAGCAAAAUCAUGGUGGGAGGGUGUUUGAUAUGCUUUGGUGAUGGAAUUGGGGAGGAUGUUUUGUAGUUA